AUGAACACGAACGGCAAUGUGGGCUCUCAGGAGGGUGGGAACGGUACCGAUUACGGCUCGAGCGAGGAGACGGCGGCCCUGCUGAGCAGGGCGCCACCCCCGCCCGUCGUGGUUGCCGCGGCGUCUCAGGGCAAGCCGGUGCUCACGCGACAGGAUCGAGCAACCUUUUUGGUUGCCUCGCCACAGUUGUCCGUCUCGGGGCUCGGCGGCUCCGAGGAGAGCGGCACCACCGAGGAUCCGGCCACGAGAUCGGUACCGGACAUCGAGCUGCACUGCAGGCUCGACGGCGAGGCCCAGCCACAGCCGCAGCCGCCGCAGCCGCAACCGCAAACGCAAGUGCAGCAGACGAUCGUGCCUACUGGUUACCGGUCCAGGCAGGCUUCCCACCAACACAGGUGUCGCUGCGAUCGGAGGGACUCGCUGGCGCCAUCCUCGGCGCUGCAUCUGGCGAGGAGCGUGUCUAGAGAAAGCGUGAAGAGCGGCCAUCACUGUUGCCCCUGCCAAGCGCCGCCACCUCCGGUUCUGGUCACGACGUCGCCGAGUGCACGCAUAAUACGACAAAGUUCGCAACCGGAAGCGUCCGCGUGCUGCUGUUCCGGAUGUUGUUGCCCUCUGCACACCACCACAGCGCCGAGUGCUGCCUCCUUGCGGCAGCUGCGCGAGCCAGGCGACGGAAUUGCCGGCAUCGCCGCGGACUCGUUGCGGAUCAAUGGCGGCAUUCGACAAUUCCGACAGUUCCCCUGGUGGUGCAAAUCGUCGUCGACGACAAUGCCGACGACGCCGCCGCCGCCCAUGGCCACGGUACCCGGCCCCGGUUCCGGUUCUGGCUCUGGCUCCGGUUCACAGGGCGCCCAGGGCGUCGUACUCUGCCCACGUACGCUGUCGCAGGUGCGACGAUCACGGCUGCGGAGGGCCCUCACCGAGGCGACCGCCGAGACCGUCAACUACGUCAAGACGCUACGGAAGCCAGUGUCGACACUCUCGAUCCCGGGAGCGAUGAAGAACAGCGGCGGCGUGGCCGGUGGGGGCGGCGUGGGGGGCGGCGGCGGGGGUGCUGGUUGCGGUAGCGGCGGCGCUACCGGAACCGGCGAGGACGCCGGUAUCGCUCUGGUCGGCGUCCACUCGGAGUACCCACGGUACGUGGACGACCGCGUGCUGGCCGCCGGUGGCCAGGUGAAGGGCCCAUCGGGCAGCAUAGGGCCGGGCUCCAAGCACAAACCGAACGUCGGCUACCGGCUGGGCAGACGGAAGGCCCUGUUCGAGAAGCGGAAACGCAUCAGCGACUACGCGCUCGUCAUGGGCAUGUUCGGCAUCAUCGUGAUGGUCAUCGAGAACGAACUGUCCAGCGCCAACGUCUACACCAAGGCCUCGUUUUACUCGACAGCACUGAAAACCCUGAUCUCUGUGUCUACUGUGAUACUGCUUGGCCUCAUAUUUGCUUACCAUGCCUUAGAAGUUCAGUUGUUCAUGAUCGAUAACUGCGCGGACGAUUGGCGGAUCGCGAUGACCUGGCAGAGGAUCGCGCAGAUUUCGAUCGAGUUGUUAAUCUGCGCGAUCCACCCGAUCCCAGGGGAGUACUACUUCCUUUGGACGACCAAGCUGGCGAACAAGGGCGGUAACAGCGGCUCGAAAUGGGUGCCGUACGACGUCACCCUGUCGCUGCCGAUGUUCUUCAGACUCUACCUCAUCUGUCGCGUCAUGCUGCUGCACUCGAAGCUGUUCACCGACGCCUCGUCGCGCAGCAUAGGGGCCUUGAAUCGUAUUAACUUCAACACCAGAUUCGUCCUCAAGACUCUGAUGACCAUCUGCCCGGGAACCGUGUUACUCGUCUUCAUGGUCUCGUUAUGGAUCAUCGCCUCGUGGACGUUGCGUCAGUGCGAGAGGUUUCACGACGAGGAGCACGCGAAUCUCCUUAAUGCUAUGUGGCUCAUUGCUAUCACGUUUCUGAGCGUCGGUUUCGGUGACAUUGUGCCCAACACGUACUGCGGUCGAGGUAUAGCCGUUUCCACUGGAAUAAUGGGCGCCGGAUGCACGGCCUUGCUGGUGGCGGUCGUUUCCCGGAAGCUGGAGCUCACCAGGGCGGAGAAGCACGUUCAUAACUUUAUGAUGGAUACGCAAUUAACGAAAAGGUUGAAAAACGCCGCGGCGAACGUGUUGCGCGAGACAUGGCUAAUUUACAAGCACACCCGUCUGGUGAAGCGCGUGAAUCCGGGACGUGUCCGAACGCAUCAGCGGAAAUUUCUGUUGGCUAUAUACGCGCUCAGGAAAGUCAAAAUGGAUCAGCGAAAAUUAAUGGACAAUGCCAACACCAUCACGGAUAUGGCCAAGACGCAGAACACGGUGUACGAGAUCGUGUCAGACAUGAGCACGCGUCAGGACGCAUUGGAGGAACGUCUGGUAGGCCUGGAGGACCGGCUGAUCGGCCUAGAAGAGAAACUGACCGGCCUGCAGGCCCAGCUGGAGCUGCUACCGGAGGAGCUGACCAGGUGUCUGGCCCAGCACGCGGAACGCAUGGAACAAAGGCGGAACUUCCUUCAUCCUGACACCGCGGUCGCGAUGGCAACGGCUGGUGGCGGCGGUGGUGGUGCCGGUGGCGGUGGCAGUGGUGGCGGUGGUAGUGGCGGCGGUGGCGGUGGCGGGGUCUCCCCCGGAAACAACCUGAUGAUGGCCAUCUCCGUGUCGGCUCAUCAUCCUCUGGCCAAUCUGUCGAACUCGCUGCCACACUCGAGGAGCGUGCCAAGCGCGCCCAGCACCACGUCCCUGCACCCAUGGCCGGCCAGUUCGAUCCUGCCGCCAGUCUCGAGUCGUACGCCUCACCUGGUGCCGGAAACCGGAAGGCAUCACAGUCUGGCACAUUCCACGGUAGCCACGACCACGACCUCGCAGUCGGCCACCAGGCUCACCUCGCAAUCUGGAAUGGGAGGGCUGGGCAACAGUCAGGGGUCCGACACGUCUCCACACAGCUGAGUCUCGUCUUUGCAGCCGCAGCACUCUUAUUAAAAGGUCGUCAACUAUAGUGUUCGAUGACCUGAACGACGCUCGCGUACCUUCGAGUCC